ACAUCGGUUGUGUUCGGUCCGCCUGCUUGGAUACUCUGGUUGACUGGUGUACUGGUUUGGUUGAAGGCGAGUAAAGGCAAAUUUUUCUCUUAAGAAUACUGUUUAAUCCACUCCUCCUCCUCAAUAUAAAAGCAACUAAACAAGACUUAUUUAUAAUCGAGAGAAAAAGAAGUCUUCUAUUUUCACAAAAAUAAGUUAACCAGUACAUCCAUGUCCAAAGUUUAAAUAUGACAAUUGUUUUCGAUUUGUUGUGCUAGUGAAAUGGUGCAUCGACUUCCUGUGCAUGGCGAAGAGCCGUAAGCGUCAUUCUUCGUGUUAGGCAGUCCUAUAUAUCAGUGUGUGUCCGGUUUUGUGUUUUUUUCCCCUAUAUAUAUAUUUAUUUGAUCUCAUUUCCCGCGAAAUUAAACGACCAACGAGUGUGCCGUCCAAAAAAUCAGCUACAAAUUUGUGCAAUUCACGCCCCUUUUAAAAAAUGAUGAAAAUGGAAACAGAUAAUAAACACGAGGACUCAAGCAAUUUGCAGAAUCCGAUGACAAUGUUAAAUGACACGACCAGAAAGAAAGAAUUACCAACAGGAACUUCUUUUCAGUUUGGUCAAGAGAGAGAAGCUUGUAUGAAACUUUUUGAAAGAUGGAGUGAACCAGAACAAGUGCACUUUGUGGAGCAACUUUUAGCGAGAAUGUGUCACUAUCAACAUGGUCACAUAAACGCUUAUUUGAAACCCAUGUUGCAACGAGACUUCAUAUCCCUUUUGCCAAAGAAAGGAUUAGACCAUGUAGCAGAAAGCAUUCUCUCGUAUUUAGACGCCGAUUCACUAUGUGCCGCAGAACUUGUUUGCAAAGAAUGGUUUAGAGUCAUUAGUGAAGGAAUGCUCUGGAAAAAAUUAAUAGAACGCAAAGUCCGAACAGAUUCUGUAUGGCGAGGACUUGCAGAAAGGAGAGGAUGGAUACAAUAUUUGUUUAAACCAAGGCCAGGUGAAAGCCAUCCGAACCAUGCUUUUUAUAGAAAUCUUUUUCCAAAAAUCGUCAAAGAUAUAGAUAGCAUAGAUAAUAAUUGGAGAAUGGGACGUCACAAUCUUCAGCGAAUAAACUGCCGUAGUGAAAAUUCGAAAGGAGUCUAUUGUUUGCAAUAUGACGAUCAGAAAAUUGUUUCUGGUCUUAGGGACAAUACAAUAAAAAUAUGGGACAGAAAUACAUUGCAGUGCAUUAAGGUGCUCACUGGACAUACGGGCUCGGUUUUGUGCCUACAAUAUGACGACAAAGCAAUUAUUUCUGGCUCUUCGGAUAGUACCGUUAGAGUUUGGGACGCAAACACUGGUGAAAUGGUCAAUACGCUCAUUCAUCAUUGCGAGGCUGUUUUGCAUCUUAGAUUUAACAAUGGAAUGAUGGUCACGUGCUCGAAGGAUCGUUCAAUAGCGGUUUGGGACAUGACGUCGCAGACAGAGAUCGCAUUGAGACGUGUAUUGGUUGGUCAUCGGGCAGCCGUUAACGUUGUGGAUUUCGACGAGAAAUAUAUAGUGUCGGCAAGUGGUGACAGGACUAUCAAAGUGUGGAAUACGUCCACAUGUGAAUUUGUUCGAACGCUAAAUGGACAUAAGCGUGGAAUAGCGUGUUUACAGUAUAGAGAUCGAUUAGUGGUUAGUGGUAGCAGUGAUAACACCAUUAGACUUUGGGACAUUGAAUGUGGUGCGUGCUUGCGAGUCCUCGAGGGUCAUGAGGAACUCGUUAGAUGUAUUAGGUUCGAUAGCAAGCACAUUGUCAGUGGCGCAUACGAUGGUAAAAUUAAAGUCUGGGAUUUGGUGGCUGCACUGGAUCCUAGAGCUGUCGCUAGCACGUUAUGUCUUCGAACUUUAGUGGAACACACUGGUCGCGUAUUUCGACUUCAGUUUGACGAGUUCCAGAUUGUCUCGUCCUCUCACGAUGACACGAUUCUCAUCUGGGAUUUCUUGAAUUUCAAUCAAGAUAAUUCAUCAAACAGUGACACGGCGCCCCUUAUUUCAAAUGACACUCUUAAUCUUUCCGACAUUAGAUCUCCCUCUCCAGCAUUCGAGUGACGUUUCAACUCAAUGUUUUAUUUUCAUUGUGAUAUAAAUACAACUGGUUAGUGAGUGAAUCGAACAUGUUCACCAAAAUGUGUACAGAGGACGAAGAACCAGUGACUAUUGUGAACUUUAUUAAAUCAGGCACAAUGUAGAGAAGAAAAAGAAGAAGAAGAAGAAGAAAAAAACACUUGACUGACGACUGUAAUUAUUUUUUAUUUGCCUUGAAAAGCAAAAUAAACAAAAACCGGACUGUUUAACACGACUUUUGACAAACAACAUCUUUCGUUUGCCCUGAAAAGCAAAAGAAGUAAUUACAGGACUGUAAAAUAUUUUUGACGAAGUUACGAAAAAAAAAGAAAAUUCUUUCGAGCGCAGGCACGCCAAUAAAAGAGAGAAACAGCCUGAUAAUGGACAAUAUAGUGAAAAUACAUAUUAAGUACAUCCCAUGGAUGUAGACUGUUGACAUUUCGCUUUGGCCAUUAUACUGGAAUUCUUCUGCAACCUAUGACACAAUAGGAGCUGACCAUUUUCCUAUUAAGAAAAAAAAAGACUUAAAAUUACGCAACAAAAAGAAAACAAAACAAAAAAAAAAAUGGGAACGUUUUUAGGGAGGCUGGUUACACUUAAAUAAGAUUUUAGAUGUAUAAUAGUAAAUUAAAGAUUUUUUAUGUAAUUAAUUUAUAGUAAGAAACAUCGUGAAAAAAAGUGUCGUUCGUUUGGAGUACUUAUUUUCAGUGUGAGUGGGAAAAAAAAACAAAAAACUUUUAAUGCAUGGAAGCAUUGCAAUUAGUUUAUUAUGUAUCUGUGUAUUGAUUCUAGGCAAAAUCAAUUGUUUCUUUGACAAAAAGACUAAAUUUGUCAUGUGCGCUAAUUGUUUAAAUGUUGAAUUUCACUAUGUUGGUCGCGAAUUUUCGGAAAUUUUAAUUACAUUGAAAAAAAUUAUAUAUAUAUAAUACUUUUGCACAGCCUUGUUAAACAAACGCUGAACAUAGGAGAGACAUGCUCUUUGUUUGUCAAUUUUGUAAAUAGCUUAAACAUUUAAUUGAUAAUAAUCAUUUUGAAAUUUAAUAUUUUACAUAUAUAGUGAAACUGUUAUUUAUCUAUAAUACAUACAUUUUAAUAGUAGUUAAAAUAUUCUUUAAAAAAAAAACAAUUCGCCACUAAAUCUUUUUUGGAUUUUAAUUUUUUUUUUCAUUUAAUUGAAUUAUUUAUUUUUUAAACAAAAAAAAAAUUAUAAAUUAUAAUCUAAUUUGUAUAUUGUAUAUAUAUUUUAAAGAAAAAAUGUGUAGAGAUGAUGCAUCUUAGGGCUUGAAAAAAAGAAAUGUAAACAUAAUCGACGAAGAGCAUUAUGAAUUAUUACAAUAAGAGUAAUCAGUUUUUUCGAGGCUAUGUAAAGUAAUCAAAGAGUGUGCAAAUUUAAAUUUUUGUUUUUUUAGGCUGCGUCUACAAUAGAAAAAAUAAUGUGUAGAAAAUUGUGUAAUGUAUAGUGUAAUUGACCCGGACAGUUGGCAAUGCCAAAAACAAUACACAUUACACUACAAAUUACACAUUUUUCCGCACAUUAUUUUUUUCUAUUGUAGCAGCCUAAAUGAAAUUUUCAAAUUUGAUGUGUAAAAAAAGAAAAUUUGCAACUCUCUUUACUUGUCCUUUAUCGAAUGACGCUGCUGAUGUUAAUUUUUUUUUCUUCAUUGUUCUGAUUAAUUAACGCCAGUUAUGAAUAAUUUAUCGUUCUGCAAACUGAAAGUAUGAACGAUUUCAAAAUUUUAGACAAACAAAAAAAAAAAGAAAAUGAUAAAUUAAAUGUAUGUGUCAGUGAUAUUCGUGUAAGCAACUUGUGUUUUUAAUCCGAAAGUAGCGAUUUAUUCAUGACACUCGUGCCAAUGGCACAAACUGAGGUAUUACAUAAAUACUGCUAAUUAUUUACAUCUUUAACUUGAAAUGUGAAUGGAAAAUAAAUAAAUGAAUGUUUUUGAGUGAUAGAGGUUCAUAGACAUAAGAUAAUAUGUACUCUUUAAAAUAUAGAAAUGACAUAAGUGAAUUCCAAA